UCAGGUUGGAAACGCACAACAAUCAAGUUUCAAAGUGCAAGAAUCGGCAGUUAUUGCAUUACAUCACCGAUAUUAUCGACUUCUUCACUAUAAUUAUUUUCAGGCAAUAAUUCUCACUGAACCGCGAUGUGGCAAACUCGUCUUGCCACGGCAUCGCUGCUUCUGGUCGUUGCGCACGCACUGAAUUGCCCUGAGAAUUACGAUGACUUCGGAAGCGGCUGCGUGCUCGCCCCUGCCGAGCGGUUGCCCGCGCUCGAUGCCCAGGUUCUGUGUCGCGAAUUACACGGGGAACUCGCCACCUUCGACCGCUGCGACAUUUUCACGGACGCUGUGCACUACCUUGAAGAAACAGGCGGGAUGAACGAUAGUUUCUGGAUCGGUGGAACGUACUCAGUGACCCGAGAUGAAUGGCAGUGGAGGGACGGUUCUGUUAUAGCCAUGGGGGCACCCUUCUGGGGAACGGCUGACGGAGGCUCGUGGGAGCCUUAUAAUGGCAACUGCACUGUAAUUUUCUAUGGAGAUAAUCCCUACAUGAGGGCGUAUGGUUGCUCACUUGAUUUUAAUCACAUCUGUGAAGGACCACCAAAUGUAGAGGGCCAUUGCAACCUCCCCUACACGGCGGUGGGCAGUCAGUGCCUGAGCUUUAAUACCGCAACACGACAGUCUUGGCAGAUCUCGAGGAAUAUCUGCCAGGAGGAUGGAGGCGACCUGGUUACAUUCGAUAACUGCGUGCAGUUCGGCAUAGUUGCUAACUACAUCCUCGAGCAUAAUUUGCAGUACAUAGACCGGUACUGGGUGGGUGGCUACCUUGAAACCUGGGACACGGAGGACUGGUUUUGGCUCGACGGUUCCUCGAUCCCUAUGGGAGUUCCGUUGUGGGGGCAGGGUAGCGGUGGAAAAUUGCUCCCCGACAACUCAACAGUCGAGCGGUGUCUUGAGCUCGGUUUAGAAUAUCGGCAUCGGUUCAACGAUCUUAACUGCCAAGAGUUACGCCGCCCGCUCUGCAUGGCAUCGCCAGUUGAAUGACAACUUGGUGGCAUGAAUCACAUUUUCAUAGCACAAUCAUAGUUUUCAAGGUAAAAACUUUCACAGAAUGCCAUACCGAAUACCAGAGAAUACCAAUACCUACCAUAAUAUUUGAACAUGUGAUCUCGAGACCACAUGUAAAGGUAACAAAAUAUGAACACGGAGCUACGCAUCUUUUCUUCAGACAUAAUGCUGAAAUUCAAUUAUUACGAUUUGAAAGCAGGUAAUUCAAAUUUAACGAAUUUUUUGCAGAUAACCUCGUAAUAGCGCGUAUCGUUGUUGAGAUCAGUUCAAUAAAUAAACAAUGCAACAA